AUGUACACGUCGUUCCUUCCCCAUGCAGUCGAUCGACCGCAUCGUGCAGAAAGACUCGUGCCCGGAGAAGUGGUCUGGCUGAGAGACUGCAUCGAGAUCGACUGGAAGAACCCAUGGGAGCAGACAAUGGCCACGCCAAGCGUGUCGCCUGCCAAGAGCUCCUCGGUGGCGUCAUCUCAACGCGAGAAUGAACACCUGCGGAAACGUGUCCGCCUACAAGUCCAGACCAGACCAGCUACGACGUCCUCGCGAGACGCCCGCCUCGAACUACUACGGGCGUCCGUCGCUACGGCAGAGCAGACAUACCUCGGUCAAGUGUCCAAGAUGGCGAAGGAGCUCAAGGAGCUCGGCGAGGACUUCAACCGUCACAUGACCGCCCUCAAAGAGGAGCUCAAGAAGGUGCAAGACGAGCCUGUCCAGUGA